AUGCCGACCCUACGACGCAGAGGCGAGGCCGCGCGGGCCGUCGAGGCGCCCGACGUCGACGAGACCACGACGCGCGCGAUCGAGCCCAUCGCGAGCCACCUCGAGUCCCUCGAGACGGCCCCCGACGGUACGGUCGAGGCCUUGGGCGUCGUCAACGACGCGACGGAGGUGGCAGCGGCUAAGGAGUCGGAGGCCACGCAGAUCAGCGAGAGGGAUCGCGACCACCAGCACCCGCGGCGGCAGCGCUCGCAUCUGCCAGCCGCGUUACAGUUCCCGCUCGUCACGGUAUUGAGCUUCAGUAUUUCGAGUCUUUGCUACAGCUUCCUCAGCGAGUGGAGCCGCGGAGAGCUGGCGGGGAUCUCCAAGAGCUUGGAUACCUGGGGCGAGGUCGCGACUUUGGCCGGAUGGCGCAUAUUCGAGCUUGCGUUGGGCUGGUUCGGCAACUUUGAUAGCUACGACCUCGCUGCGCUUAACCUGCUUGCGCAUGGCCCUCCGGUCUACCUCAUCGCCACCUUUUACAACAUCAGCCCCGCGACCGCCAUCUCAGCCCUGGGUAUUGAGAUGCUGUCAACCUUUGUACCUUUCCAGCUUCUGAGACCCUUGUCGGGCGCGCACGCCGGUGCUAAGAACGUCGCCAACCGCGAGAUUAUUACCGACAUCCCGAUUCAAAUCUACACCACUAUUCUGGCGGCGGCCAUCUACAGCCUCACUCUCUUCACUGCCUACAAGACCUACCUACCUACGACCCUCGUACUCUACUUUAAGGGUCUGCCCAGUCUCGCACCGGCCUACACCACCAACUUCCUGGCCACGCUGCCUGUGACGAUUGCUUUUGGCAUCGCCGCAAGAUCCUUCAUCUUCACGCCCUUCGUCGCGACCGGCGAGACUGCCGAGGACGACAAGCUCGCCGAGUUCGAUCCCGCGACGGCUACUCUGGGCGAGACUCUGGCGUGGAAUAUCUGGGGCUACACGACGCGGGAAAAAGUUGUCAUUCUGCGAACGGCCGUGGCCAUGCUUGUCACUGGCGUCAACACCUACCUCCAGACCUUCAUGACCGUCAACGGCGUCGAAUCAUAUGGCGCGUCUCUGUAUGCCGGCGCCUGGGUUGGCGCCGCAUUCUUGACAGGCGUCGGUCUUGGAUUCGUUGGUGGCGGAGAUGCAUGA